GGUCUGUCCAAAGCAGCGGCGGCCGAGCGGCUCCUGCGGGACGGGCCCAACGGCCUGUCGGAGGCGGCGGCGGCCGAGCGGCUCCUGCGGGACGGGCCCAACGGCCUGUCGGAGGCGGCGGCGGCCGAGCGGCUCCUGCGGGACGGGCCCAACGGCCUGUCGGAGGCGGCGGCGGCCGAGCGGCUCCUGCGGGACGGGCCCAACGGCCUGUCGGAGGCGGCGGCGGCCGAGCGGCUCCUGCGGGACGGGCCCAACGGCCUGUCGGAGGCGGCGGCGGCCGAGCGGCUCCUGCGGGACGGGCCCAACGGUCUGUCGGAGGCGGCGGCGGCCGAGCGGCUCCUGCGGGACGGGCCCAACGGCCUGUCGGAGGCGGCGGCGGCCGAGCGGCUCCUGCGGGACGGGCCCAACGGUCUGUCGGAGGCGGCGGCGGCCGAGCGGCUCCUGCGGGACGGGCCCAACGGCCUGUCGGAGGCGGCGGCGGCCGAGCGGCUCCUGCGGGACGGGCCCAACGGUCUGUCGGAGGCGGCGGCGGCCGAGCGGCUCCUGCGGGACGGGCCCAACGGCCUGUCGGAGGCGGCGGCGGCCGAGCGGCUCCUGCGGGACGGGCCCAACGCGCUGCGGCCGCCGCGGGGCACGCCGGGGCUCGUGCGCUUCGGGCGGCAGCUGGCCGGGGGCCUGCAGUGCCUCAUGUGGGUGGCCGCGGGCAUCUGCCUGAUCGCCUACGGCGUGCAGCGCGGGCAGGGCCAGCGCGGCGGCUCCGACGACCUGUACCUGGCCGUGGCCCUCAUGGCCGUCGUGGUGGUCACCGGCUGCUUCGGCUACUACCAGGAGUUCAAGAGCACCAACAUCAUCGCCAGCUUCCGCAACCUGGUCCCGCAGCAAGCCACGGUGGUGCGGGCGGGGCAGACGCUGCAGGUGAACGCGGCCGAGCUCGUGGUCGGGGACCUGGUGGAGAUCAAAGGCGGCGACCGAGUCCCGGCCGACAUCCGCGUGCUGGCAGCGCAGGGCUGCAAGGUGGACAACUCCUCGCUGACCGGCGAGUCGGAGCCGCAGACGCGCUCACCUGAGUGCACCCACGAGUCGCACCUGGAGACGCGCAACAUCGCCUUCUUCUCCACCAUGUGCCUGGAAGGCACGGCCACGGGGCUGGUGAUCAGCACAGGUGACCGCACGGUGAUCGGGCGCAUCGCCAGCCUGGCCUCAGGUGUGGAGAACGAGAAGACGCCGAUCGCCGUGGAGAUCGAGCACUUCGUGGACAUCAUCGCCGGCCUGGCCGUCUUCUUCGGCGCCACCUUCUUCGUGGUGGCCAUGCUCAUCGGCUACCCCUUCCUGCGCGCCAUGGUCUUCUUCAUGGCCAUCGUGGUGGCCUACGUGCCCGAGGGGCUGCUGGCCACCGUCACGGUGUGCCUGUCGCUGACGGCCAAGCGCCUGGCGCGCCGGAACUGCGUGGUGAAGAACCUGGAGGCCGUGGAGACGCUCGGCUCCACCUCGGUGAUCUGCUCCGACAAGACCGGGACGCUCACGCAGAACCGCAUGGCCGUGGCGCACCUGUGGUUCGACGGGCAGGUGCACGACGCCGACACCACCGAGGACCAGUCGGGUGAGGCCUUCGAGCAGCGCUCGGAGUCGUGGGCGCUGCUCAGCCAGGUGAUCACGCUCUGCAACCGCGCCCAGUUCAAACCCGGCCAGGAGGGCGUGCCCGUGGCACAGCGUGACGUCAUCGGCGACGCCUCCGAGUCGGCGCUGCUCAAGUUCGCGGAAGUGACGUCAGGGCCGGUGGCGGCCGCCAGGGGGCGCUUCCCGAAGGUGGCGGAGCUGCCGUUCAACUCCAGCAACAAAUUCCAGGUGUCGGUGCACGAGGCGGGCUCGCAGCAGCUCCUGGUGCUCAAGGGCGCCCCCGAGCGGGUCCUGGAGCGGUGCCGGGGUCACCUGCGCGGGGGGGAGGAGCUUCCGCUGGACCCCGAGUGGAGGCGGAGCGUGGAGGGGGCGUGUCUGGAGCUGGGGGGGCGGGGCGAGAGGGUGCUCGGGUUCUGUGCCCGCUGGCUGCCCGCUGGCACGGUGGCCCCGGGCACGCCGCCCGAGGCGCUGGCCGAGGUGGCCACCGGGCUCUGCUUCGCGGGGCUCGUGUCCCUCAUCGACCCCCCCCGGGCCACCGUGCCCCAGGCCGUGCGCAAGUGCCGGACGGCCGGGAUCCGGGUGAUCAUGGUGACAGGUGACCACCCGGUGACGGCCAAGGCCAUCGCGGCCGCCGUGGGAAUCAUCUCGGAGGGCAGCGAGACCCCCGAGGACGUGGCCGCGCGCCUGCACCUGCCCCUCGAGCAGGUGGAGCCCAGGCAGGCGCGGGCGCGCGUGGUCACCGGCCCCGAGCUGGCCGCGCUGGCCCCGGGCGCUCUCGAGGAGCUGCUCCGGAGCCACCCCGAGAUGGUUUUCGCUCGGACGUCGCCGCAGCAGAAAUUGGUCAUCGUGGAGAGCUGCCAGCGCCUGGGCGCCAUCGUGGCGGUGACAGGUGACGGCGUCAACGACUCACCUGCGCUGAAGAAAGCCGACAUCGGCGUGGCCAUGGGCGUGGCCGGCUCCGACGCCGCCAAGAACGCGGCCGACAUGAUCCUGCUGGACGACAACUUCGCCUCCAUCGUCACCGGCGUGGAGCAAGGCCGGCUGAUCUUCGACAACCUGAAGAAGUCCAUCGCGUACACGCUGACCAAGAACAUUCCGGAGCUGGCGCCGUACCUGGUCUACAUCACGGCCAGCGUGCCCCUCCCCCUGGGCUGCAUCACCAUCCUCUUCAUCGAGCUCUGCACCGACAUCUUCCCGUCGGUGUCGCUGGCCUACGAGCGCGCCGAGAGCGACAUCAUGCACCUGCGGCCGCGCGACCCCCGGCGCGACCGCCUGGUCAACGAGCCCCUGGCGGCCUACUCCUACUUCCAGAUAGGUGUGAUGCAGUCUCUGGCGGGGUUCACGGAUUACCUGGUGGCGCUGGCGCAGGAGGGCUGGUGGCCGCUGCUGCUGCUGGGGCUGCGCCCGCGCUGGGAGGACGCGCACGAGCAGGAGCUGCAGGACAGCUACGGCCAGCAGUGGACGUUCGCGCAGCGCAGGUACCAGCAGUACACCUGCUACACCGUGUUCUUCAUCAGCAUCGAGGUGUGCCAGAUCGCCGACGUGCUGAUCCGCAAGACGCGCCGGCUCUCCCUGCUGCAGCAGGGGCUCUUCCGGAACCGCACGCUGCUGGUGGCCAUCGUGUUCCAGGUGUGCAUCGGCUGCUUCCUCUGCUACUGCCCGGGGAUGCCCAACAUCUUCAACUUCAUGCCCAUCAGGUUCCAGUGGUGGUUGGUGCCGAUGCCCUACGGGCUCCUCAUCCUCGUCUACGACGAGAUCCGGAAACUCGGCGUGAGGCGGCACCCGGGCAGUUGGUGGGAUCGGGAGCUUUACUACUGAGAGGAACACCUGGGCACACCUGGGCACACCUGGGCUCACCUGGGCACACCUGGGCUCACCUGGGCACACCUGGGCACACCUGGGACCCUCCUUGGACCCUCCCUGGACACCUGGAGCUCACCUGGAUCCUUCCUUGGACACCUGGGGCUCACCUGGGCACACCUGGGACCCUCCCUGAACACCUGGGCACACCUGGGCACACCUGGGCACACCUGGGCCACCUCCGUGGACCCUCCUUUGAUACCUGAGACCCACCUGGGACCUCACCUGGGACCCCCCUUGAACACCUGGAACCCACCUGGACACCUGGGACCUCACCUGGAUACCUGAGACUGACCUGGAACCCACCUGGGACCCACCUGGGACCUGAAACCCACCUGGGACCCCCCUUGAACACCUGGGACCCACCUGGGACCUCACCUGGAUACCUGGAACCCACCUGGGACCCACCCUGCACACCUGAGACCAACCUGGGACUCACCUGUGAGCCCCCUUGAACACCUGAGACCCACCUGGGACUCACCUGGGACCCCCCCUUGAACACCUGGAACCCACCUAAGACCUCACCUGCACACCUGGGACCCACCUGAGACCCACCUGGGAACCCCCUUGAACACCUGGAACCCACCUGGACACCUGGGACCUCACCUGGAUACCUGAGACUGACCUGGGACCUCACCUGUGACCCCCCUUGAACACCUGGGACCCACCUGGGACCCCCACUGAACACCUGGAACCCACCUGAGACCUCACCUGGAUACCUGGGACCCACCUGAGACCCACCUGGGACCCACCCUGCACACCUGAGACCCACCUGAGACCCACCUGGAACCCACCUGGGACCCACCCUCCACACCUGAGACCCACCUGGGACCUCACCUGGACACCUGGGACCCACCUGGGACCCACCUGGGACUCACCUGGGGCCCCCAUUGAACACCUGGAACCCACCUGAGACCUCACCUGGAUACCUGAGACCCACCUGAGACCCACCUGGGACCCCACCUGGACACCUGGGACCACCCUUGGACCCCCCCAUGGACACCUGGAGCCCACCUGGGCCCCUCCCCCCUCACCUGGACUCGAUUCCCCCUCCCCCACCUCCCAUCCACCCCCCCCCCCACACCCCCCAAAUAAAGGCACAGGUGA